AUGUCGUUUCCUUUGCUCAUACUCCUUUUGGGAGUAAAUUCCAUAGCCCAAGGUAGACUUCUGUCCCAGGCGGAUAGGCCUUGCCACGAGGAUCGGUUCUACAACCUCGGCUCGCAUAUCAUCGAUCACUACUUUGGUGAUCGGCACUACAUUACGGUGAUUAAGACCAAGUUCGACGGGGAGGAGCUGGCGGAAGCGUUCGAGUGCGAAGUGCAUCAUAGGCCGUUUUACAUUGUGACGCAGCAGAGGUUCCAGUACCAGGUCAACCUCGAACGGUACACAACUCCGAACAACAUCUACGAGUACCCAUCGUUCGAGGCGUUCCUGGCCUGGGGCUCGGAAGAAACCCUCCUAACCCGAAUCAUCCCGUACAUCGCGAUCCGGAACCCCCAGGCAAAGGUAAUCCUUCGCUCGUACCUGCUGAGCCGGGACGAAGUAGCGCACCUUUUCUACCAGUCCUGGUACAUGCACAACAUGCUGAACGUCCUGGUGAUCAACUAUCUGGACCGGCAUCGGAUCGAGCUGUGCGUGUUCAAUCCGUACGCGAUGGUUCAUAGUGGGGACGUGAACGUUCGGGCGCAGGACUUGAACUGUACGUUGAUUACGGAUGAGAAUCAGCUUGCUGGGUUUCUUAGGAGAUUGGAUCGAUUUGAACGGAGACGGGUGAGGAAGUUGAACGGGUACAAUCUGACGGUUGCUAUGCACGAAAGUAAGGGGAGCAUGUCGGCGUUUGACUGUAUUCUGGAUAACUUUCACAUUUCUGACGUUGAUAUGGACAUUCUGAAGAUCAUACAGGAGAAGAUGCGAUUCAAUGCGACGUACAUCAACUCGGAGUUGGAGCUCUCGGUUGGGUACGUAAAUCCGAACGGAUCGAUGGCUGGUGUUCUGUUGCUGAUUGAAAGUAACAAAAUUGAUUUGGCUGCAAACUCGAGGAUCAUUCACGAUUACGGCACGAAGAAUCUACUGUACCUGAGGUACAUUACAACGGAGAAGCUGAUGUUUUUGGUUCCACGAAAUUACUUUGAAAAUCGCGAUAAGGAGAUUGUUUUCAUCAAUCCGUUCAGUAUUACUUACUUGAUCGUCAACAUGAUCUUUUCGAUUGUGAUCCCGCUGCUUCUGCUAGCACUGGAAAAGAUACUGAAGUAUGUCCGUCCCGCCAAGCGCAACUACCACUUUGGGGUGUCCGUACUGUGUAUGAUCGGUAUCAUCUACAACGUAUCGGUCAAGCAACCGAAGGCAACCCGCAAGCGGUUCGUCAUCUUUGGUCUGCUGGUGUACAACAUCGUCUCAUAUCCAGUCUGGCAAGCCGUCACCAUCCGGUACCUCAACUCGGACAACCAAAAUCUAAACAACAUCAACACCCUGGAAGAACUGCUCGAAACUGAUCUAGAACUGCGCGUGUCCAAAUACCACCACCACGUGGUCGUCCACGAAGGGUCCGACUUCCAGAAUCCCAGCUAUCGCGAACUGUCUACACGACUCAACACCAAGGGCACCGCCUCGAUCCGAACCGCCAUCGAGCGCAUAAUGACCCAGCGUGACUCGGCCUUCCUAACGUCCGAAACGUACGUCCCGCUAGUUCUGUCCGGCAGCUACAACUGGAUCCCCGGCAGUACCUCGUCCGGGGUGUUCGUCAUAUCCGAACCGAUCUACGAGUUCUACAAGUCGAUGGUGGUGCCAAAGACGUCCCCCUUCGUACGGACCUUCAACGAGAUCGUCAUGCGCUGCAUCGAAACCGGCUUCGUCGAGCGGCAAACCGGCCAGCUGCGGAUGGUCGUGGACGUGCUGAACAUCCGGCAGACCCUGGCAAACGCGCGAAUUUCGGCCGAACGGUUGUUCGAUAUGGGCUCGCUGAAGAUCUUUUUCGUGUUCUAUCUGGUCAUGAUGGCGCUGGCGACGGUGGUUUUCCUGCUGGAGCUGGCUGUGAAUCGUUAUUGCAAGAAGAAGGAGAUGGAACUGGGGGCAGUGGAGAAGAUUGAGCAGAAGAAGGAAGAUGGGGUACUGUUUGAAUUUGUGCUUUAA